UAAGGGAAUUCAUCACAGUCGAAAAAAAAUGAGGAAUAAAAAUACAUACUUUCUGUUAGUCUUUGGAUUAAUUAUAGCCUUAUCUAAUGCAGCAACCCUCAACAAACGUGACCUUACUAUUUAUCAAAAAUUUGUUUGUAAGAAUCAAGCCGACAAUUCAAAACUUUUAGUACCCGGCAGCUGUUCUCAGUACUACACUUGCAAUGGAGGCGUAGCCACUUUAAAUCAAUGUCCUUUGUUCUUUGAUCCGAUAACAAGUGCAUGCGUACAAACGUCUAGUUGUGUGGAAGACACAAGCUCGGGUAAUACAAUUCCAGAUGGCUGCACUGGUGUUUGUUGUGGUCAAUCCGAUGGAUAUAUUGUUUCUUCAACAAAUCCCGCAGAAUAUUACCUCUGUUCUAAUAACGCUGUUUCAAGUACUGGCCAAUGUACAAAUGGGCAACAAUUUAAUUUAGCUAAAAACCAAUGUGAUGUUGCAUCAAAUUGUCCAACGUGCACGGCUACAACAACUCAAUCACCAUGUGUUACAACUACUACUACUUGUUCUGAAACAACCACAUCAAUUGUUACUACUCCGACUACAACCACCUGCCCUACAACAACUUCACCUACAACUACAACAACUAAAUCUACUACCCCAACUACAACUACCUGCCCUACAACGACUACACCCACAACUACAACAACUAAAUCUACUACCCCAACUACAACUACCUGCCCUACAACGACUACACCUACAACUACAACAACUAAAUCUACUACCCCAACUACAACCACCUGCCCUACAACGACUACACCUACAACUACAACAACUAAAUCUACUACCCCAACUACAACCACCUGCCCUACAACGACUACACCCACAACUACAACAACUAAAUCUACUACCCCAACUACAACCACCUGCCCUACAACGACUACACCCACAACUACAACAACUAAAUCUACUACCCCAACUACAACCACCUGCCCUACAACGACUACACCCACAACUACAACAACUAAAUCUACUACCCCAACUACAACCACCUGCCCUACAACGACUACACCCACAACUACAACAACUAAAUCUACUACCCCAACUACAACCACCUGCCCCACAACAACUACAACGACUACAACUACGACAACAACCACGACCACAACAACAACAACAACUACUACAACCACAACCACGACUACAACCACUUGCCCCACGACCACAACUACAACCACAACAACAACUACAACCACAACAACAACUACGACUACGACAACCACCACAACUACAACUACCACCUGCCCAACAACUACUACUACAACUACAACAACUACAACCACAACAACAACUACUACUACAACAACCACCACAACUACAACUACCACCUGUCCAACAACUACUACUACAACUACAACAACUACAACCACAACAACAACUACUACUACAACAACCACCACAACUACAACUACCACCUGUCCAACAACUACUACUACAACUACAACAACAACAACAACUACUACAACGACAACAACAACUGCAACUACUACGACCACAACUACUUGUCCAACUACAACAACAACUACUACUACUACUACAACAACCACCACCACAACCACGACCACAACAACAACAACUACUACAACCACAACCACGACUACAACCACUUGCCCCACGACCACAACUACAACCACAACAACAACUACAACCACAACAACAACUACGACUACGACAACCACCACAACUACAACUACCACCUGCCCAACAACUACUACUACAACUACAACAACUACAACCACAACAACAACUACUACUACAACAACCACCACAACUACAACUACCACCUGUCCAACAACUACUACUACAACCACAACAACAACAACAACUACUACAACGACAACAACAACUGCAACUACUACGACCACAACUACUUGUCCAACUACAACAACAACUACUACUACUACUACAACAACCACCACCACAACAACUACCACGACAACCACAACUACAACCACUUGCCCAACGACUACAACUACGACUACAACAACCACUACAACGACUACAACCACAACUACUACAACAACAACUACUACUACCACUACAACUACUACGACAACCACCACUACAACGACUACCUGUCCAACCACCACAACAACAACUACUACCACAACCACUACGACCACCACAACAACCACAACGACUACCACCACAACAACAACUACAACAACCACUACUACUACGACAACAACCACUUGUCCAACGACCACAACUACAACGACUACAACCACGACGACAACUACAACGACUACAACCACAACAACAACCACUUGCCCAACGACGCCAACUACGACAACCGUAAAGCCAUGCGCUGAAACGACAACUCCACCUUGUACUGGCGCACUAUCUGCAGUAAAACAGUCAACAAAAAUUACCCAACAGCUUGAAAAUGUAGAACCCAUAACUGGAUCUGUGGAGUAUCUUCAAAUCGCUGUUGAAAAAACUGUGUGCAUUGGUAAAGAAAAUGGAGCAUAUAUAAGAUCUCCGAAGCAAUGUAACACAUAUCACUACUGUUGGAAUCAAAUAGGUCUACCAAUGACUUGUGGUAACAAGCAUUUUAAUAUGAUCACUAAAUCUUGUGAUGAUCCAAUUCGUGCUGGCUGUGAACUUAAAAAUUGAACCAUACACUAUUAAACUGCUUUAAUGAUAUUUUGUAUAAAAUAUGAAUGAAUAAAUUAUCUACACUAUACGUUUAAUACAAAUCGUUAUGUACUAAAUCAAUGAUUAAUAAAUAAUUAUUAAAUAA